UCCAGGUGGAGACGGCGACGGGCGAGAGAUCGAGACCGGGAAGCGGCAGCCAUGGCGAUCAAAAGGCUCUUGAGAAAGGCAGAGAAUCUAGAGGAAGAGGAAUCAAUCUGCUCCCCUCCCACGCCAGUGCCCGGUGGCCCCCGUCCGUCCACCCAAAGCCCUGAGCUUUUCAUCCUGUUCCCCCUGCCUUUUGUUCCCCCCUCGCGCACUCGCACUCGCACUCGCAUCAUCAUUCCCUCCAUAUAUCUCCGCUGCCUCGUCGCAGGAUCGAGCCGGAGAUAGCAGGGCGCGCGCGUGAGAGGCCGACAGGUGUGCGGGACGAGGAAGGCGACGGCUGCGUGUGUUGGUUCGGCGCGCAUGGGAUGAGACGGCGGUGUGAGCGCGUCGCCUCCUGUGGAUGGAUCGCGGGAGGAGCGCGGGGCCCGGCGCCGUCGGUAGCGCCGGCAGCCUGGGGCUCCGGAUCGGGCAGGCUGCCUGCUCGUCGGCGGCCCUCAUGUUCAUGUCCGUCGGCGUCGAGUUCUUCAGCUACACUGCCUUCUGCUUCCUCGUAACGAUCAUGGGCCUGCUGGUCCCCUGGAGCUGCACGCUCGCCAUGAUCGACAUGUACUCCAUACUCGUCGGGUGCCCGCUCCACGUGCCCGGUGUCAUGGCCAUCGUCGUCGUCGGAGACUGGGUGCUGUCGAUACUGUCGCUGGCGGCCGCGAGCUCAAGCGCCGCCGUCAUCGACGUCCUCCUGGAGUUCCACGGAUCCCACUGCGCCCCGAGGCUGUGCGAGAGGUACCAGCUCUCCGCCAUGAUGGCGUUCCUGUCCUGGCUCCUCACGGCCGCGUCGUCCCUCUUCAACCUCUGGUACAUCGCCUCCAGGUGAGGUGAGGUGAGGGUGGGUGGUCGCCGAUGAGGACGCCAGACUCUGACUCGCCGCAGCACUUCUAAAUUCCGUAGUCUGUAUAGCUGGAAGGAAGGUUUUGUAUGUGUAUAGCUGGAAGGUUUUGUACUCAAAUUUCAUUUCAUAAACCUGCCUCUGACUAAUCAGCAUUAAGGAUUGUUUGAAGUUAACAUUCCACUUUCCA